AUGGAUCCUAAAUAUGUUAACAUCCCCUGGACCGAGCAUGGUGAGCAUUUACCAGCUGCAGUUGAUCAUAAUAUGGCAGGGCCUUCAUCAUAUCAACCAGAUUUUAAUUUGUCGGGACCGUUGUCACAUCAACCUGAUUCUGAUGUGCAAGAUAUGUUGCACGAUGCAUUUGGCAUGUAUGAAGGGGAAGAUGAUUUACAAGAACCAUCAGAGCCUACUGAAGGUCCAUCAUUGCCUAACGGCCCUACCCCUGAUGCACAAAGAUUUUACCAGCUUUUAGAAAAAGCUGACACUGAAUUAUACCCUGGUGCAGGAAAAAAAAUGUUCGAUUUUUUGAUAAAGCUAUAUCAAAUAAAAGCAUUGAACAGUUGGAGUGAUGUAUCGUUCACACAGUUGCUUGAAUUGUUAAAGGCUUAUUUGCCCCCAAGGGAUACUCUUCCUGCUUCCUUCUAUUUAACAAAAAAGUUCAUCAAAAGUCUUGGGUUGACAUACCAGAAAAUUGAUGCGUGUCCUAAUGAUUGCAUGUUAUAUUGGAAGGAAUAUGCUUCAAACACAGUUUGUCAUAUAUGUGGUACUAGUCGGUACAAAGAGAACACCUCCCCCACGAAGAAGGUACCAGCCAAAGUUUUGCGUUACUUUGCAUUAGGGCCAAGACUUCAAAGGUUGUACAUGUCUCGCCACACCUCUGAAUUUAUGGUUUGGCAUUCUGAAAAGAGACCACGAGAUGGGGUUCUACGUCAUCCAGCCGAUUCUCUUGCUUGGAAAGAAUUAGACAAAAUUGACAAUAAUUUUGGCUCUGAUGGUCGAAAUGUUCGUUUGGGUCUAGCCAGUGACGGAUUCAACCCUUUCGGUAUGAUGAGCUUGUCCCACAGUACUUGGCCUGUUAUCGUUACUGUCUACAAUCUCCCUCCUUGGUUAUGCAUGAAAAAGUCAUACAUGAUGCUAUCGUUGCUCAUCCGGGGCCCUAAAAGUCCCGGAAAUGGCAUAGAUGUGUAUCUACAGCCUUUGAUAGAUGAAUUGAAAAUGCUAUGGACAGAAGGGGUUCCUACAUAUGACGCGUUUAAAAAAGAGGUUUUUCAGAUGAGAGCUGCAUUAUUGUGGACUAUAAAUGACUUCCCUGCAUAUGCCAUGUUGUCUGGGUAUAGCACAAAGGGAUCUAAGGCUUGCCCAACUUGUGGUGAAGAGACUGAUUCUUUUAGGUUGCAUCACGGUAGGAAAGAAAUCUACAUGGGACAUCGAAAGUGGCUGCCAGAUAAUCAUAUUUUUCGCACAUGGUAUAAUAACUUCAAUGGAUCAACUGAGCAUCGUAAACUGCCUAAACCAAUGACAGGUUUAGAUUGUUUGAGAGCGUUAAGUACAUUGAGCUUUCAAUUCGGAAAGGGAAAGGAAACAAGUUUCGGUCGUAAAAGGAAACAAGUUUCGGUCGUAAAAGGAAACGAGUUCAGAAUAAUGAUGACACAAAAUACACAGGACCGUGGAGGAAGCAGAGUAUUUUUUUUCAACUACCUUAUUGGAAAGACUUAG